GAAAUUUUAUCGAACGAAGGGCGAUAUAAAUGGUUUACAUUCAUCAGUGACAUCACGAGUUCGCGGCGGCUUCUCUUCUGUGAUGACCCUUAGCGGCAUCUUGAUAGAAAACAAUAACAUGCCGACACCCUUUGAGUCAGCCGCGCGGCUUCUUUCAUGUACGCGUAUCUAUAAAAGGAAUGUGCGCAAUGUAUGUUUCGAAUUUAUAUAUGGAAUUAUUUUAGCCGGGAUAUAUUGGUUCUCACGGUGUUGGCGUGAGAAUCCUCAUUCACCUUGCAGAUUUUUUAGAGGAUGGUCAUAGACAUUAUUCGGUGGCAAAUUAAUUUAUUGGACUUUAUUGAGGAAACAUUGUAGUCGGCAACUAUUAUACUUCGAUUCCACAUCGGAUUUACAGAAGGGAACAUUUUAAUACAACUUGGUUCUUCAGAGUAAUUAUAUACGGCGACGGGAUUUUGAAUUGUGUACAUUUGGAGUUCAUAACUGGUUAACUUUAUAUUAGCUACAUAACUUUGUUAAUUGUAUCAUCGCGUCGGGAAUUAUAAUGCCGAAGGCUAAGCAGCAAUCCAGGUGGACAACUGUUGACCGAACUGGGUCCUCACGUCCACGGAGAACUGCAACUGCAACAGCUCCGCCUUCCCAGCCCGUAUCAGAGCCUCUCGUCCAGGCACCGCAGCCGAACCCCGGAGUGGAGCAGCGGGGACCUGGUCCAUCCGCAAGUUGCCAGUCUCGUACAAUCCUGCUCAUAGGCGAUUCCAUGAUCCACUGGUUAGCCGCCUUCGCGCAUCGUAAGGGAAAACAAGGUUUGGGGUCGGCAGCCAACGUCGUUUGGAGAGGAAGGAGGGGCCUUAAGCUAGGUCAACUAAGUGGACAUGUCCAAUGGGUGUUGCCCGGUUCCUCUCCGUCGCACAUCGUUCUGCACGUGGGGACGAACGACGUCGGGCAAGCUAAAAAAGACGAAUUGUUCUUGCUUUUGGAUACAACACUCGGACAAUAG